GGGAGGGAUGUGGAUGAGGAGCGGGCUCUCUUUCUUUCUCUCGGGGCUCAGUUAAUCCUGCUGCCAGGCGGUGUUCAGCGGCAGUCUCAGCGCUGGAUUCUGAGCCAGGGAGACGCGCAUCCCGAAGGCGCAGCGGAGGGCAGGCGAGAGAGGCAGCUAAAGAGAGCAGAGCGGGGGAAAAAUCAAAUCUAUGCUUGGAACUGGGCUUCUUUUUCGCCAAUGCAAAAGGGAAUAUGCAGCACAUUUUUGCCUUCUUCUGCACCAGUUUCCUAGGGGCGGUGUUAGGGGCCAAUUUCCCCAACAAUAUUCAAAUAGGGGGGUUAUUUCCUAAUCAACAGUCCCAGGAACAUGCAGCUUUUAGGUUUGCGUUGUCUCAGCUCACGGAACCUCCCAAGCUCCUUCCCCAGAUCGACAUUGUGAACAUCAGUGACAGCUUUGAAAUGACAUACACCUUCUGCUCGCAGUUCUCCAAGGGCGUCUAUGCCAUCUUUGGAUUUUAUGAGAGGAGGACUGUCAACAUGCUCACGUCUUUCUGCGGGGCUCUCCACGUCUGCUUCAUAACACCAAGCUUCCCUGUCGAAACAUCCAACCAGUUUGUCCUCCAGCUCCGCCCAGAGCUCCAGGAUGCCCUCAUCAGUGUCAUCGAGCACUACAGCUGGCAGAAGUUUGUGUACAUUUAUGAUGCUGACCGGGGGUUGUCAGUCCUACAGAAAGUGCUGGACACUGCAGCUGAGAAGAACUGGCAGGUGACAGCUGUCAACAUCCUGACAACAACAGAAGAGGGCUAUCGAAUGCUCUUCCAGGAGCUGCAGAAGAAGAAGGAAAGGCUGGUGGUGGUGGACUGCGAAUCUGAGAGGCUGAACAUCAUCCUUAACAAGGUCAUAAUCAAGCUUGAAAAAAAUGGGAAUGGAUACCACUACAUUCUGGCAAAUAUGGGAUUCAUGGAUAUUGACCUGACCAAAUUCAGGGAGAGUGGAGCCAAUGUAACAGGCUUCCAGCUGGUGAAUUACACAGAUACUGUUCCUGCCAGGAUCAUGCAACAGUGGAGGAAUAAUGAUGCCAGAGAGCAUCCACGUGUGGACUGGAAGAGGCCAAAGUACACGUCGGCCCUGACGUACGACGGGGUGCGGGUGAUGGCCGAGGCGUUCCAGAACCUGAGGAGGCAGAGGAUCGACAUCUCCCGCCGCGGCAAUGCCGGGGACUGCCUUGCCAACCCAGCCGUGCCCUGGGGGCAAGGCAUCGACAUCCAGAGAGCGCUGCAGCAGGUCCGUUUUGAAGGAUUGUCUGGCAACGUUCAGUUUAACGAGAAAGGACGAAGGACCAACUACACCCUCCAUGUGAUUGAGAUGAAACACGAUGGGAUCAGAAAGAUUGGUUAUUGGAAUGAAGAUGAGAAGUUGGUUCCAACAGCCGUAGAUACUCAAAGCGGCAAUGAGUCCAUGAGCCUCCAGAACAGGACUUACAUAGUCACGACUAUCCUAGAAGACCCAUAUGUGAUGCUCAAGAAGAAUGCCAACCAGUUUGAAGGCAAUGAGAGGUACGAAGGCUACUGUGUGGAGCUCGCUGCCGAGAUUGCCAAGCAUGUUGGCUACCACUACCGGCUGGAGAUUGUCCGGGAUGGGAAGUACGGAGCCCGGGACCCUGACACCAAAACAUGGAAUGGCAUGGUGGGAGAACUUGUUUAUGGGAGGGCGGACGUGGCUGUGGCGCCAUUAACCAUCACGCUGGUUCGAGAAGAAGUUAUAGACUUUUCCAAACCGUUCAUGAGCUUAGGCAUCUCUAUAAUGAUAAAAAAACCUCAAAAGUCCAAACCGGGAGUUUUUUCAUUUCUGGAUCCUUUGGCUUAUGAGAUAUGGAUGUGCAUUGUUUUUGCCUACAUUGGAGUGAGUGUUGUCCUCUUCCUGGUGAGUCGCUUCAGCCCCUACGAGUGGCACACUGAGGAAUUCGAGGAAGGACGGGACCAGCCGGCCAAUGACCAGACAAAUGAGUUUGGGAUAUUCAACAGUCUCUGGUUCUCCCUAGGAGCUUUCAUGCAGCAAGGAUGUGAUAUUUCUCCAAGGUCUCUCUCCGGCCGCAUAGUUGGUGGUGUCUGGUGGUUCUUCACCUUGAUCAUCAUAUCCUCCUACACGGCUAACCUGGCUGCCUUCCUCACCGUGGAGAGGAUGGUUUCUCCCAUUGAGAGUGCAGAGGACUUGGCCAAGCAGACAGAAAUUGCCUAUGGGACCCUGGAAGCUGGCUCCACUAAGGAAUUUUUUAGGCGAUCCAAAAUAGCAGUGUUUGAGAAGAUGUGGACAUACAUGAAGUCAGCCGAGCCCUCUGUUUUUGUGAGGACGACGGAAGAGGGGAUGAUCCGGGUGAGGAAGUCCAAAGGGAAGUAUGCAUACCUCUUGGAGUCCACCAUGAAUGAGUACAUCGAGCAGCGGAAGCCCUGUGACACCAUGAAGGUGGGAGGUAACUUGGACUCCAAAGGCUAUGGUAUUGCAACGCCAAAGGGGUCUGCACUGAGAGGUCCCGUAAACCUAGCGGUUUUGAAACUCAGUGAGCAAGGCGUCUUAGACAAGCUGAAAAGCAAAUGGUGGUACGAUAAAGGGGAAUGUGGAAGCAAGGACUCCGGAAGUAAGGACAAGACGAGCGCGCUGAGUCUCAGCAAUGUGGCGGGGGUUUUCUAUAUCCUCAUCGGAGGGCUCGGACUGGCCAUGCUGGUUGCCUUAAUCGAGUUUUGUUACAAGUCCAGAAGUGAAUCAAAGCGGAUGAAGGGUUUUUGUUUAAUCCCACAGCAAUCAAUCAACGAAGCCAUACGGACAUCAACCCUUCCCAGGCCGGCUGCAGCAGGAGGCAGUGGAGAAAAUGGACGUGUGGUCAGCCACGAUUUCCCAAAAUCCAUGCAGACGAUUCCAUGCAUGAGCCACAGCACUGGCAUGUCCCUGGGAGCUACGGGAUUAUAAUUGGCCUUUUGACCCAUUGCCUGGGUGAGAGCAGGGACAGCCCAACUCCACCCCUCCAAGAGCCAAAAAACAUACCCAACAACAACAAGACAAAUGAUGAUGACAGAAGGGACAAUUGGAUGGAUCUUCUCAAGGAAAUCAAAUCUAUUUCCCUUUUUAUUUGCAAACAGAUCCACCGGCAGGAGAACAGAAACAGGUCUGUACUGCAAUAAGGAGAGCGUAAUGGGAUUUAACAGACUCGUGAACUGUCCCUGAUCAAAGAACCACUGGAACACUAAUGAGGACUAUGCCAUUUUGUUUUAACUUGGUUGUUAAUAAGUCUUAGUGUGUGCAAUAUAUAUAUUUUUUCUUACUAAUUCCUGUGGUGUCAGGGUAACAUCAGCCUUUUUCCCCUUCCCCGCUCAGUCCUUCAGUCUGGUUUAGUUUGGGAUGCAAACCACAAUGUCUGAGCUACUAACAGCAAAAAAGACAAAAUGAUACAUGGCAAGUUGAACUCCCUGCAGGGCAUCAUCAUUGACCCCUUUUGUCCAUUGUGAUUCUGCCUUUGUUGUUCUGUUGUGAACUCAGGCUGUGGAGUUAUUGCAACGAGGCAGACAGAGCUGUGACCGGCUCUCCCUGAAACAGGAAGGAAUUGAUGCAAGACGGAACCCGAACAAAAACAUGAGGCUGUUUUACAGGGGAAAAAGUCAUGGGUGAGUUUGGAAACCCAAGGCAAGCUGAGGACAAAGCAGUACUUCUUCCAGAGAUGAUGAGUGGCGGUUCAAGAGAAGAAUCGUGUGCCUGGAGUGGAGAGCACCAUGCAUGGCAGACUGGAGGAGAUGGUUGGUCUAAGAUCAUGGUUGUGGCUGCUGUUUAAGCAAGAGAGAAAGUAAAAGUGGUUUCCCCUCAUGUGAGACUCUCCUGCCGAGGUUAUUGGGGGCUAAUAAGCAAUUGUGAAUUGUUUUUUCAUUGCUUAGCUUCUGUGUGUGCUCCCUUUUCAGUGGUCACUUAAGGGAACCACCUUGAGCCAGGAAUAGACCAUCUCAAAACAUCCAGUUUUAGGUGGCUGCCUAUUAACCAGUACAACAUGCUAGAAGUCAUGGGGCUGCAAUGGGAAUAUUUCUGCUCUGAAAUCCCUUUCUGCUCUGAAAUCCCUUUAUGGCCAUUUUUUCUAACCAAGAGGGACAUUUUGUAGAUAGUUGGCCAGAAUGGAUUCCUGGAAGGAGCUGCUGAAGCAAACCAAGGAUGAGAUCCUACAAGAGCUUAAUUCGAGCUAACUGUGACAUUCGACAGCAUCAGGGCUGGUCAAACUCAACCUCCCUGUCAAGUUGUGGCCUGUCUGGGUACAAAGCCAACAGUAGCAGAUUCCCACUCCUGUGUCCUUAGGGAGUGGGAAGCAUCCAUAAGCCAGGAGAGCAGGUUGCUGACCCCAGACUUGGUGUUGCAGAAACACACAGUGCCAGACAGGCAGCUGGGACUCCAACCAUGGGCAUGGAGAUCAAGGGGGCAAGGAUGGUUUUCUAGAACUGCACAAAAGGUUCAUUCUGUGAAUCUCUGGCAUGGACAGACAAAUGCUUCCUACCCUGGUGGGCCUGAGACACCUCCCCAGAAGUGAAAGAUUACCAGGAGAGCAUCUGGAGAGGGAGAAAAUAUAUGGGGCAGGGACCACAGUGACCCCACUUAGCCUUGUCCCAUCUCACAUGCCCACCACUGAUGGCAAAUUAAGUUCAAAGGUUCUCACAGGGCCCAACAAAUAUCUGUCUGGGGACUGAGCUGCUAUUGGAGCAUUCUGAGCUGCUUUUUCUCAUUUUUUUUGUCUUCACUUUUCCUUUUUUUUUCCCCUCUUUAUUUUUCUGCAACAUUUCAAGAGAAGAGCAGUAAAAGAAGGGAGGCAGGUGAAGAAAAAAUGAUGCAGGCAAAUGACUGUCACAGGUCUACGUGGAGAAUCUGAAAAGUACAACUGGAAGCUGUAUGAAUACCAGUUUCCAUUGGUGUAUAAAUGUGCAGAACAAAACAUUUACCACCAUUAACACCAGCCUGGUCUGCAGCACCUCUUCCACUUACCCACUUGUCAUGCAACACUUUGGAGACCAGCAAGUCAAAGUCAAGGUCCUAAGCCCGGGCACAGCAUGCCUUGUGCCAGUUUGUUUUCCUCACUGCCACCACUGAGAACCGUUGUGGCCUUCAUCUCUCAUCACUGAACAUGAACCCUGUUAUCAGCCACUCCGAACUCCACUUCAGGAUGUUUCUGUUGUUUAUCAUUAUUUUUAACCUGCUUUUCUUAAUUUUGCCUUCAGUUCUGUGUGAGUGCUAGCACGGUAGAGGCAUCCCACAAGCUGGCCUGUUUCCAUGCCCAGAGCCCUCGGAUGGAUCUCCUGACCCAGCCAUGUUCUGGACCUUGCCAUGACUGGCUGCUGCGUUGAGAGCAGGCUGUUGAGACCCAUCAGUGCCCCAUCCUCCUCCAAAAACAGGACCAUGUGGCAGCAGGUCACGGCAGUUUGACGGUCUCAUGAGCAGCAGCAGUGCAAGGACUGGCCACCUGUGACGUGAAGAUGUGAGAUGCAGCUGUCAAAGGCUUUUGAUGAGUGGAGGGGUUUUAAAAAAAAAAAAAAAAGAUGAAUAGGACAAAAGCGUGGAAAAUGUAAACUUGUAAUAUGUAUUUUUACUACACUUUUCUUAAAAAUAGAGUAAUGGUAAAACUCUGAAAGACAUUGACAUUUUUUCUCAACAGGAUUCCAUAUUUAACAGUUUUGGCUUUCAUUAAAUUUUGCUCUUUGGUACCUGGAUCUUUUAUUUAAGAGCUAUAUUUGUUUUAACUCUCUUUUGUUUUUUCUUUCUUUCUUUUAUUUUUUUCUUUUGGCAAUACUCCAAAGAAUUUUGCUUUAUCAAAUGCAACAGUGUUUUUCUUUUCACAUUCUCUUUUUUUCAAGCAACGUUUUUAUUGGUAAUUAUUAUUUACACAAAGAUGAAACUAUCAGCUGGAAUUUUAGCACCAAGGAUCCAUGAUCUAUUUUUCAUACCUGUCCAUGCCAUUUUGUGCCAGUGCUGGAUGUGUGGAAAUGAAAAUGAUGUUACCCCUCAGGCAAUAUUACCCAACCUGAAUCAAAAGAGAUUUCUUUGAUUUUUGCUGUGUCUGACUUGUGAACAGCAGCCAAAUAAACUGCUUCAGGUUGAAAUUGGGAAUCUAUCUAAUAUUUACCCAAGAGUCAGGAAACUAAAUAUUCAUUGGGUUCAAAAUUAAUGAUUUUGCUUCCUUUGGAGUCUUGUGGGGUUAUGUUUUUGAGGAGGGCUAUUAGAGGAUUUUAGCUUGUUUUUACAGAGAGAGAAGACAUGGCCAGGUCAGAGAUAACUCAGAACCAGCACUGGUCCAACAAUCCUUACCAGGAUCAGCUUUCCUAGGAGCUUCCAUGAUGUUUCAGAGGCUUGGACGUUUAAAUGUUUCUCACUCAGUUUUCACACAAUUGACCUGCUAAAUUCCUCAUCCAAAAUCCUGUUGAAGGGAGAAAGAGAGGAGGAUUUAAAGGGCCUUGGACAUUUAUGCAAAUACUGACAGCUACUGAGGUAAAAUACACUCAUUAAUGUCAUGCCUUUAUGUAGCACUUGGUGUCAUGGAUCUGGAAGGACUUCCCUUCCCAUAUCCUCAUUCCCAUUUACUGUCUGGGAAAGCUGAGGCACAGAAGUGCCUUUAGACCAGGCAUCCCAGCUCACCCCUCUGGGUCAUGGUUAUAGAUUCAAGAUCUCCAGCAUUCACAAGCGUUUUUUUACCCACUGGUAAGUUUUAAAUAUAGAAUCAGUCAGGGACAGAAUUAAUACGUUUUGAAAGGGGCAGUGAAACCUCAGGCUUCAAACAAGAGAUUCCCAAGCAAUGGGCCCUGAAGGAGAGGUUUCCCAUGGGCAGACUAUGCUGUAUCAGCCCAUUUUGGUCUUCCACAACUCCCUAGGCAUCCAGUACUGUGUUGUGGGCUUGAAUUCUAUCUCAAAAUGCCCUUCUUGCUCAGUGGUUUGCUCCUGGUUCACAGUGAGGUUGCAGAAGUGCACAAGAAAUUUUCCUUUAUAUCUUGGCAUAAACAGGACAAAAUUCCCUCCUAGUGGUAAAAACAAAUAUUCCUUGUAAUAAAGUUUCCAUCAAGAA